AAUACUCAGAAGAAUAUUCACAAAAAUGGCCGCCAUAUUUUUGAUAUGAUUCCAACUGUAGCUGAUAAUCUUAAAAAUUAUCUUAAAUAUAAACAACUUGAAAUAAAAGUAAUAAACCAUUUUUUUUUGUUUUCUGCAAACAGAAGAAAAAGGACUAUAUAUGCUACUAAGGGCAUGAAUAUUUGGCCCAUACAAGUGGUAAAAAGGCCGUUUACCUUACUUGUCGCAAAAGAUGUGGUGGUAGAGCCAAAUUAAUGAUUGGUCUCGAUUUAAUUAUCACCAUCCAACAUUCUUUAGAAUGUCAAAACUUGGUAGCAGCCAUAACUCCUAAUGCAAAUCAAGAUUUAGCAUUAGCCCCUCCACCUUCAAGUUCAGUUGGCCUAGCCAUUACACAUCAAGCCCAAGUUUCAAUAGCCCCUCAAAUUUCCAAUGCAAAUCAAGAUUUAGCAUUAGCAUUAGCCCCUCCACCUUUAAGUUCAGUUGCAGCUAUUACACAUCAAGCCCAAGUUUCAAUAGCCCCUCAAACUACCUCUGGCUUUGCCAGAGCCUAUCAAACCUUUAUUUCAAAUCUAGGUAAUUCAGGAACUUAUCAAGAUAUAAAUGUUGGCAUUGAAAGUAAUACGGAUCUGCCUUUAGAAGUGGUCCAUGUAUUAAUGGAUUUACAUCAAAAUAUAAAUGAUCCCCGGUUUGUAAAAUCUCAAAAAGGAAAACCGCUUCUUUUUUUUCAAGAUUAUUUGUAUCGACAGGAUUAUCAAAAAGAUAAUAAAAUACAUUAUCGUUGCAGGAAAGUUGGCUGCAAGGCUUCAUGCAAAUUCGAUGUUAUAUACAUUACUUCUGGAUUGCAUGAACAUCAAAAUGAAAUUGAUAUUUUUGAAAAGUUAAGAACUCAUGAGAUUCUAGAGGAUAUAGUUGCCGAAAUCCUUUAG